GUGGUCUGAAGAACAGAUGUCUCACUUGAAAGAGGCCCCAUUGUUUCUCCGAGGCGCAGUAUGCUGCCGGAUUAUAGCUGAGAGUCACCAUCCUCGAACGAGGACGAAGAAGAAACUUAAACAUGAAGUGGUUCGCUCUUUCCUUGUUGAUGGCACUGGUCUACGUGUCUAGUCAACAGAGUGUCUAUGACAAGAGUGAAGAAGAACAAAUACAGAUUCUUGGUCCUCUCCUCAGGAAAUUGCUGAUGCCCAGACCUCGCCCCGUCUACCAGAUUCACCAGCUUCUUCGGGUUCACGUGCAGAAAUGCUGCAACUCGCAGCCUAUGAUGGACUGCUGCACACCCGCUCUCUGCUGCGACAUGAACCUGGAAUGCUGCAAGAAAUAGAAAGAACCUUUCGUCAUUAACACCCGGAGAAUAUCUGUGGCUGUAGGCCUAUAACAACUUGCUUAAGAUGAAAUUAUAAUAUUACGGAAUAUUCUUUGAAAAGCGCAAAAAUUUAAACAACGAAUUAGUUUUCAAGUGAUCUUUUGCAUCUUGAACACCUUUAUGUCUCCUAUUACAGCCAUGAUUUUCAUAAAAAUUGUAAGAAUUGAUUUUAGAUUGGAAGCAUUAGUACCGUUGAAAACUCCUUUUAUAAAGUAAUAUUUAAAAAAUUAUUAUGAAGAUAUAUGGGUACAAAAGAAACUGAAUUUAAAGCUUCAUUUUGAAUUUUAGCUUUCAUCAGAUGUUGGAAAUUUGUUUAAUAAUAUUUUUUUUCCAAGCGGCGAAGUUACAUUAAACAUCUUAUAACAGUAAA